CCUACAUUUUUCCGGGAAUCUGUAUAAAGUUGCAGCUUGUCCAGCGACCCAGGUCAACCUUGCUGAAUCAAGUCUGGGAAUUCCAGCACCAGCACCAGCAGUAUGCCUAUGAUACUGGGAUACUGGAACGUCCGCGGUCUAACACACCCCAUCCGCCUGCUCCUGGAAUACACAGACACAAGCUAUGAGGAGAAGAGAUACACCAUGGGUGACGCUCCGGACUUUGACAGAAGCCAGUGGCUGAAUGAGAAGUUCAAGCUGGGCCUGGACUUCCCCAAUCUGCCCUACUUAAUUGAUGGGUCCCACAAGAUCACCCAGAGCAACGCCAUCCUGCGCUACAUCGCCCGCAAGCACAACCUGUGUGGGGAGACAGAGGAGGAGAGGAUUCGAGUGGACAUUGUGGAGAACCAGGUUAUGGACACCCGCAUGCAGCUCAUCAUGCUGAGUUACAACCCGGACUUUGAGAAACAGAAGCCAGAGUUCUUGAAGACCAUCCCUGAGAAGAUGAAGAUGUACUCUGAGUUCCUGGGCAAGCGGCCAUGGUUUGCAGGGGACAAGGUCACCUAUGCGGAUUUCCUUUCUUAUGAUAUUCUUGACCAGUAUCGAACGUUGGAGCCCAAAUGCCUGGAUCCCUUUCCAAACCUGAAGGACUUCUUGGCCCGCUUUGAGGGCCUGAAGAAGAUCUCUGCCUACAUGAAGACCAGCCGCUUCCUCCCGAAACCUAUAUUUUCAAAGAUGGCGCACUGGUGUAACAAGUAGGCCUGCUACCCUGGCUGUCCUAAGGAGGCCCUGUGCACACGGGAUGCUCCUGGCCCUGGGGACAGCUGGCCUUCUGCACGGCUGCCUCACGGUUCUCAAUCUUUCUCCUUCCCACCCCUUCUCCACAAGCCUUUGCCAGCCCCCUGCUUCCUAGUCAGGCCUGCCCUUGUCAAGCCCAUGUAGUCUUCAUCUCCCCCAUCCUUUCACCAAGAUCCCUCCUUCAUCUGUGCCCUGACCCAAGCACAGUCCUCUAUGAUUUGAUGUCUCCCUGGAUUCCACUCCCUAGAAUUACCCUAAAGGACAAUACUGUCUCCAGUUCCAACCCAUUCUCAGUGGAGGGGCUGCCCCGGGCCUGCCUCAUCUCCAAUAAAGCCUGAAACACA